ACCUUGCAACUAUAAACUCACAACUAUACACUUCACGUUCGGUCUGCCUCGCUCAAUGCUCCGCUCGCAAAGCUUCCUCUCCUACCAGUCUCCACCAACACUUCAACCAAUACCUUCGAGACCUUCGAGACCUUUGAGACCUUUGAGCUACAUGACCUUCCUUACUCUCUCAGUCUAGAGCCGUUCGGCCCUCUUAUCCUGCUGCACCUGCACGUCAUUCGUAGAGAGACUUGUGACAACUAGGAAUCCAGCAUGGCGGCUCCACCUGCGUCCAAGAGAGCCUCGCUUCGCCUCGCUCAUAUACCUCCACCACACCCUCUGGUCUCUCGUCAAUCCAGUCCUGAGCUUGGCGAUACUUUCUUCCACCCGAGCCCUAUCUCUCUAUUCUCCGCUUCCGGAAGACCAUUACGCAAAACUGCCGGAAAGAAGCCCAUCCAUCCUCAGUACGUAGACUCUACUUCACUUGUCGACGACCUCGAAGGUUUUAGCGAUAUGGAUCGAGACACUGAGUUGGACACCGUGACCUCCGAUGAGGACGUUCGACCGCGCAAGACGGUGAAGAAAGCUUCAAGGAAGCGAAAGCGAUCACCGUCUCCUCCACCAGCCCCACCGCUCUCUCCAAUACAUUCCGACGUCGAUGAAGUGGAUUCUAGCGACAGCUACAGCCACUCAGAUAGUCAACCUGUGACUCCGAUUGAUGCUCCCCCCAUGCUUUCAUUGACAUUCAAUGUCCCCAAAGGCUUCACAGGACCUUUUGUUGUACAAUUGGAUCCUAGCAUGCUCAUGAGUAAUUCACCUUUCCCCUAUGCGCGGAGCCUGGACACCCCAUGCACCAAGGUCGCUCGCCAUACUCAGAGCUCAAAACUGUCAUCUGAAUCACCGACUGGAUUCAUGACCUUGCCUCCAGAGCUGCGUAACAAGAUAUACCGCAUGCUGUUCCUAGCCAAGGAUGACUUCAAAUUCUGGCACCCGGAUAACUUCUGCCGAUCCGCGACUUUUCUAAGCACCUGUAAGCAGAUUCACCAGGAAGGCACAGGCAUCCUUUACGGCGAGAAUACGUUCUGCUUCGAACGAAGCCGUCAUAUGCGAGGACAGUACUGGUCUGCUCAACGCAAGGAGAUUGGCUACAAGGAUAUGCGUCGCUUUCUGACGGAUAUCGGGCCUCGUAACCUUGCUGCUAUUCGCAAACUCUCCAUCACCUUGGAAGACGCAAAUCCUUCCUCGGCACCGCACGAGUACGACGCCGAAUCCCGCCGCUUCGUGCAUGACGAGCAUCUCUUUGAGUGUCUUCGCCAGCUUGCUCGAGGUGCUCAAUUGAAAUGGCUUCGUCUCUCGUUUCAGGGACGCAGACGUGUCGGCAUGGGCGACCAUCAGUUUGUGGGCAUCUUGAAGACAAUUAGGACCGACAAACUCGACAUCACGCCCAACCCACGCUACUCAUACCAUUCCUCGUUCUCGAAGAUCGACUUCAGCCUCGAACUGAGCCUGAAACGCAGACUUGUCCGCAAAGAAAAGCUGUACGAGAAUGCCAACUGAAAGACGUCAUUCAUGUGAAUUACAUUGUAGUCUCUCCCCAACACUCAGUAACAUUCUUGACGGAGCUAGAAUGCAUAUUGACGUGGACAAUGGGUGUCACUCGGCAUCCUUCACCUCUCUUCUUUUGGCGUCUGCGGAC